GAUUAUUGCAACGUCGGAACUACACACUAAUGCUGGUGUGUGUUACCAUCAAACCAAGAGGUGAAAAAAACUAAAAAUCUACCAAAAGAUUCCAAAUCAAACCCGAGUUAAACCCGAUCCAUAAUAAUUUGUAUCAGUAUAGGGUCGGCGUACUAAUUCCUCUCACGCUAACUUCACUCUUCUUCUUCAUCUUCUUCUUCUUCCUCUCUUCUCUUUCUCUCUCAUUCUUACUCUGUUGUUGGAUGAUUAUUACACCAUUUUUGUACUCCUACUCCUACUUCGUGCUUUUUCCCUUUUGUUCUUAAUUCCAUUUCUUUGGCAAGAAUUCUGACUAAUUUGUUGGGGAAACUUUCUCAUAUUUCUAUCCUCUAUUGAAGCAGCUUCUCAGUGGGAUGCCUUGGUGCAGAUAUAAUUUUAUUAACAGUGGGAAUGCUGAGAAUCAAGAAGCUGAGAUGCCAGUUUUUGUCAUCAUGGCUUGGCGGUGCUCAUUAUGUUACACCUAGCGUCUUUUCAAAUUCUAGAGAAAGAAAUCUCUCUCAACCUGCCGUUUAUUCAUUGGUUAAUGGAAGUAGGCUUGCUCUCAGUUUGAUAUAUCAUGGCCAUAUAUUUAAGCGAACAGAAUUCUUUUCGACAUCUUCUGGUACUAUCUUGGUGCAGGCUCGUGACCCAGCAAAGUUGAGUUUGGAUAUACAUAAUGCAGUUGAUGAGCAUAGGUAUGAUGAUGCUUGGAGAUAUUUUGAGCAGCAUUUGGAGAUGGAAGGAUUUCCUAGGAAAUCGGUGGUAAAUAAGUUGCUUGUGAGUUAUGCAGAAACCUUGGACUCCCAUUUGCUGGAACGAGCUUUUGGGCUGGUGGAACAGGCAUUUGAGAAAGGUAAACAGACAUUAUUUGAGAAAGUGACUCUUAUAUACCUUGCUCAUGCUCUUGCUAGAUGCAGUCAGCCAGUGCCAGCAUCUGUUAUCUUAAGGAAGUUGAUCAGAAUGGAAGAAUAUCCCCCAGUAACAGCAUGGUCUGCCGUUUUAGCCUACAUGUCUCUGUCAUCCUCUGGAGCCUAUCUUGCUGCCGAGCUGAUACUUGAGAUAGGUUACCUCUUUCAGGAUAACAGGAUAGACCCCCGUAAGAAAUGUAAUGCACCUUUAAUUGCAAUGAAGCCUAACACUCUUGCCAUUAGUGUUGCUAUAGCUGGGUGCCUCGUGUCUGGGACAACAAGAAUAGCUGAGCAGCUGCUUGACAUGAUGCCUAGAAUUGGUGUUAAAACUGAUGCUACCCUAUUAAUCCUCAUGGCACGUAUAUAUGAAAGGAAUGGGAGAAGAGAAGAACUAAAGAAGCUGAAGAGACACAUUGAUGAAGCUCACAACCUAGAUGAUACUCAGUUUCGACAAUACUAUAAUUGCUUGCUUAAUUGCUACUUGAAGUUUGGAGACCUGGAUUCCGCUUCUCAAAUGGUUUUAGAGAUGCUUCGUAAGGCAAAAGAAGCUAAAACUUCUCUAGCUGCUGCCACACUCAGGUUUGAACCUGCAAAUUCAUACUCUUCCAUAAAUGUCAAUAACACAACGGAGAUAAGUACUUUUGAUAAAGGUGAGAGUCAGCCAGGCUCUUUUAUGUCUUUUGAAGAUUUCAGCAGAGACCGGAACUUCAUUUGUAUGGAGGGAGAGGCAAAAAAAAUACUGGUUACUUUGUUGCUGCAAUUGCAGAAGCAAACAGAAUUGAUUGUGACUGAACGGGGUAUUCUUCAACCAACAGAAAAAACAUAUGUGAAGCUAGCUAAGGCAUUUUUGGACGCUGGUAAAAUUAAGGACUUGGCUGAGUUUCUGAUCAAGGUAGAGAAAGAAGACUCCCUAUCCUCUGUUAACGAUUCACCGCUGGCUGAUGUCAUUAAUUCAUGCAUCUCCCUUGGCUGGUUAGAUCAAGCACAUGAUCUUCUUGAUGAAGUGCGUUUUGCUGGGAUCAAGACCAGCUCUUCUGUGUACUCCUCGCUUCUUAAAGCUUACUGUAAGGAAAAAAUGCUAAAAGAGGUUACGUCACUUCUUCGGGAAGUUCGAACGGCUGGGAUUCAGCUGGAUGCAAGUUGUUAUGAAGCAUUAAUGCAGGCCAAGGUGCUACAGAGAGAUACUCAGGGGGCUCUUAAUCUCUUCAAAGAAAUGAAAGAAGCUAAAGUGCCAAGAGCUAGUCAUAAAGAAUAUGAGGUUCUGUCUGGGAGCUGUGCAAAGAGUGGUGAAGCAGGUUUUAUGGCCAAACUCUUGCAGGAAAUUAAGGAGGGCGAGACAGUAGAUUGUGGUGUCCAUGAUUGGAAUAAUGUGAUUCAUUUUUUUUGUAAAAAGAGAUUAAUGCAAGAUGCAGAGAAGGCUCUAAAGAAGAUGAGAAGCUUGGGACACACCCCUAAUGCGCAAACUUUCCAUUCUAUGGUAACUGGGUAUGCGGCCAUUGGAGGAAAAUACAUUGAGGUGGCAGAGCUCUGGGGCGAGAUGAAAAGUCUUGCUACUGCCACCCCAAUGAAGUUUGAUCAGGAACUUCUGGAUUCUGUUCUCUACACUUUUGUUAGGGGUGGAUUUUUUUAUCGUGCAAAUGAGGUGGUUGAGAUGAUGGAGAAAGGAAACAUGUUCAUUGACAAGUAUAGGUACCGUACUCUCUUUCUGAAGUAUCAUAAGACACUUUAUAAGGGUAAGGCUCCAAAUUAUCAGACGGAAGCCCAAUCAAAGAAAAGAGAAGCUGCAUUGGCUUUCAAAAAAUGGGUUGGCUUAUUUUAGAGGAAUUUAAGCAGCUUAGUCUCUUCAGUGACUUGUGGCUAUUUUGUGGUUUGCUGUUGAGGCUUGUCAGUUUUGAAGACUUAAGUGAAAGAGCUUAACAAGUUUAUAUUUACUUCUUCUGUGACUAUAAUUUGUGGAGUUUUACGUAAAGCUUUUUCAUGUCAAUGCAUGUUAGCUUUUCUUGGAUUUUCUCAAAAAAGCUUAAGCACAAAAUUACUCGUAUCAGAUAGUUAUCAUAGCAUCGCCAAUUGCCUGGUCCAACUUGUUUCCAAGUUCAACGGGUUGAGCCACAGCCUUAGAGUGGUUUGGAAGGAAGAGGAGAAGGUAGUGGAAGGUAGCCAGCCAAUGAUAUCAAGUUCCAAUUCCAUGACCAAGCAAUCGGAUGUCGGAAUCUAAUGCAACUGUAAAACAAGACGAAGGAAUCUCACACUUUGUGAAGGUCAACUGAGUAAACCUUCAGCGCCUACAAAAAUUAUGCUGAUUUCGGAUGAUCUUCCUUUUAGUCAUGAAGACAAAACAAUCCCUUGCAACUUCAGAGGUCAAAUGAUUUCAACUGAAUUCACUUAAACUAUUAAGGCAACAAAUUUGCACAGUACAAAGCUAUUCAAGGCCUCAAGGUAAUGCUGCUUCAGAAAAGAUCAUGUGUUUAUUGUCAUCAGCUUUGUGAAAAUGAUACUUUUUAUAUUUUUUUUUCUGCCUCAUUCCAUUCAUAUUCAAUCCACUGUGUCAUCAAAGAACCUCAUGUUAAAGAAGAAUCUCAACUCUUGCUUGAAUUUGUAUCGAUCAAUUUCACAAUAUAAACAUCAGGCCAGGAUCAAGACAAUUAACAAUGCUUCCUCUGCUCCUGAUUGAUAUCUGUUUCACAUUUUCAAUUGGGGUUGUUUCAACAUAAUUGGCAACUUAAUCAACUUAUAUGUACUCCAAAAUCUACAUGUAUUAAUUACCAUCCAUUUUUUUCAGUUCAUUAUUUUUUUUUUUUAGUAGUUUAGGGCAUAUACAGGGGUGACCUUAGCAUGUCAUCCUCUGUUCUUUUAUCCUUUCUGUAUCAAGGAUAAAAAGAUAGUCAAUCCUGUUUUAGGCUGAUUGAUUUGCUCUGUAUGUAAAAACAUGCACGACGAACCAAACAAUGGUUUGACAAUAGAAAGAAAAUUUGGAUUCUUGCCAGUUAUAAUUUUCUCGAGUUAUGGAUGUAAGAGCUUUUGCUUCA